GCUCGGUAUUGGUGCCGUUGAAAUUAGUUUUACCCGUAGGAGAAAAAACUGCAAAUUACGCCUCAGUUUUGUUUUGGUUUUAAAAUCGAUCGGAGCACCGAUUAGAUUUGGCAUCUUACAAGUGGGACAUCGUUGUUAUCACUACUAAGUUUGUUUACGUUAGGUGUAGACGAUUACAGUGAAAUUGUCCGGCUGUAGCUGGAAUCUAGAUAGAACUGAAUUCCAGCUGACACAAAGUCCUUUCCUACUGCGGAGAGCUGAAUGUUUUAAAAGUUGCUGACGCCUCGAGAUUUCCACGCGCAGUCAUCCAGCGAACAGUCAGUAAGGCAGCCGUUGUCGUCGCCGUCGUAGAGUGUAUAAAAGUGCUAUUUUAAGCCGAGUCCCGUUUCAAGUAACGUCCAUUCAAUCGAUGAUUAACUGACAGUGUAUACAUUUAACAGCAGCAGUAAGUCAAGUUACUUGUACUCCUCGAAGAAGACAAAAUCGAAGGAAUAUUUGCACAAUCAAUUACCCCAAUCAUUCGGAGAAAUUUGCCUCCGGCCCGACUUGACCUGAAGAACCUGAACAAUAAAGUGCCUGGUGUCUGUGAUAAGAUUUCCAAUUUUAGCGACUGGUCUUGUUGCUACGUUGUUGUUUUUAAAGUGAUAAUUUUGGUUGUUGGUCGUUUUGCGACGAUUUAAAGGGGGCUGGUCUUUGUGUGAAUCAAUCGUUCUGUGAUAAUUAUUGAAUACUUGGAAAGCUGAUUUUUUUACACUUGGAUUGCCACCGUGGAACAGUUUCCUUAGGAGUACACACCCGACUGGUUCCCAGAAAACCAUUUACCAUGGAUAAUUUGCGCAACCUUUUCGGCCAAGUAACAACGCUGGCCUCAUCCAAGUCGGGAAGCUGCCCCGGGACUGGAAACGGCUCGAGCAGUGGGCCAACCGGCGGCAGUUCCCAUCAUGGGUCAGCCGGAUCCGGGGGUCUCGAUGGGCUGCUGGGAUCAGGAAGCGAACGGCAACGGUCCAUCAGUGGGGACUUUUCGACGGACAUGGCCACGCACCAGAACCGGGCCAUGAAGCAGCACAAAGCGGCCGACCGGGAUAGCUAUUACUAUAUUAUCCAUACCAAAGCCGGUAGGAGAGAGAAUAGAGAUGUUUUCGACAAUGAAGUUUCCUGGACCCGAGAAAGAUGCUAUCUUUUAAAUGUGGUGCCAUUUUAUGGGCCUUUUCUGUGCCGUCGCCGCCGCUGGGAAACGGAUGAUGAGGAUGUCAUCCAUGACGAGCUUGCUUCCUUUGCAAAUUGGCUGAUUGUGCAGAACAAAACACGGGCUUGGUAGGCUUGGUCCCAAGCUUCUGGGCUGGGGAUCCGGUUCCGGUUGCUAACCGGUACUAAAAGGUGGCGUUCCUAGGCGACUGCAUCGAGAGCCGUCUUCUGAACGAGCAAUAUUUUUUUUUACACAAUAAAAGCUGACAAAUCGAGUUACGCGUGUCCUAUUUUGGAAAUCUACUGAUUCCUGGGUGAAAAUCUACAAAACCUACAAAAACCAUGAUGAUGCUUUCGGUGAUCGGUGCCCCCUUCCUGUGGUUGAUCCUGAUUUGGGUUGCCCUGCUCCUGUUCUUCAGUCCAGUGUUGUUCGUGGUGGGAGUUUGUUUGCCGGAACUUCCUCUUCUUUUGAUUAGACGCCUACAUUACAUCCCCUUUGAUUCUGUGUAGCACCCACGAUUUAAAAAAAACUGGAAAAUGUCAAAAAUCAUGAAAGCAUAGCUGGAACGACAAUUCGCAGUUGUUGUAAUCAGUUGAAACUCAUACUUUCAGUAAGAUCUAGUCUCAAAGUUUUUCUUACAGCUUUACUUAAUCAUACCAAAUCUUGCCGAAUGUUGCAAUUCUAUUUGAUAAUGUUGCCUCAAAUGAUCUCGACAUCCAGAAUUUGGACUUAUGCUCAACAAUUUCGUAGGAAAUCACUUUUGAAAAUGUUGUAUGAUUUUUGAAGAUAGGUCAACUGGGGCAAUAUUGAUAUACGCAUGAUCUUGAUUUCUUAUCUAGAUGAUCUGCAUCCUGUGAAAAAUGUAUAAAAAAUAACAACAACAACAAAUCAGUAACAACUUGAAUUAAGGGACAAGUGCAUUACAAGAAAAAAGGCAUAAAAGAAGACUUAAUUUAUUUCGUUCAUGAAUGUAUACAAUGUGAUAAGAUAGCUAUAAAAUACCCCUCAAAUCAUGCUCAUUAUUCUACACUAAACGAGAACAGAAAAACCUUUCCAGGAAUCAAUCUUUUACGCUAAGUCAUUGAAGCCGUUUAAAUAACUUCCCUCAAGUGAAUGAAAAUCACUCACAAAAAAAACUUAAGUGGGGCAAACUGCAAUCUAGGAAGUUGCAAAGAAGACAAUCACUCGAAAGCAUCACAUAGGAAGCUUAUUUCUGGAGAAUCUAGCUACUAGCUACAACAACUAUAAACAAGAGCAUUAAAAAAUCAUAGAAAUUGGACAGCUACAAAAAAGUUGACAAACCAUUUUUAGGCUUAGGUGCAAGCACCAUUUUUCGGUGGCGCACACCACGGGUACCAAGUGAUGCAUUUAUAAAGUUUUGUUUUUUAAAAGGCAUCGAGCAUCGGAAUUGAUGUGGAUAAAAGCAAUUGCUGUUUGUGUAUCUAAAUUUCGUUUUUGGCGACGCUCUUUUUUAACUGUGGUAGAAGGUUAGGGUAAAUUUAAGCUAAACAAUCUAAGCGGAAGAUUUUUAAUAAAACUUGACAUUAUUCAAAUGUGAAUAUUUUAUACGGAUGAUAAGAUAAAAUGGCAAAUAUAUGUAUUUUUACAUAAUUCA